UCCUCGAGAGACCAAUCAGCACCCCUCACAACUUGGAGAAUAUUACCAGUAAAGGAAAAAUAAAACGCAUUGGCAGAUGGAAAUUUCUGAAGUCCCGAAAUUCCCCUGGCAUGCUUCGAGAAGAAAAUCAUCAUAAAGGCGCAGCCAAACAUGUACUCCCGGCGCCACGAGACUAACCCGCACUUCUUGCCGCCGGAGUCGCUCCCGAGCGACCAAAAUGCCCCCAGCCCCUCUGGCCUGGUCCCCCAGCCGGCGAUAAACCAACCUCGCCGGCAGCGCACUCCACGUGGCCCACAUUUGGAGCGGCACUAUCCACUUCAGGGCCCUGACCAAGAUCCGCGUUCCCAGUUAGAAGGCCCCCCAGGGCAAGUCUUUGUACCUCGCGGCCGUGGCCCUUCCAGGGCAACAGUGCUUCUGCCUGAGAGCCCGGAUUACCCUGACCACUAUCCGCUCCAUCGCCAGGGUAAGGGCUCGCAUUCUAUUUCACCCGGUGGAUUGGAGCUGCCACCACCUCGCCGAGGCAAAUCAGGCAAAAGUCGAGAUCAGAGGGAGCAACCACCGCCAGAGACUGGAGAAGAGCAUGCCCGGCCCCCAGGCCGGCCUGUCCCUCAGACUCCUCAUGUGGAGCCUGAGGAAAGCCGGCGCAACCGCCAGGACCUGCAGUUUCCCCGGCGCCGCAAGGCAAAAUUCAUAACGUGGUUCUUUGCCAUUUGUUGUGCCCUAUUCUGGAUAGUCAUCAUCGUGGGAGGCCUGAUUGUCCUCAUAGUCUACCUGUUGUUUCGGCCCCACAUUCCGCGGUUCGACAUCCCCAGUGCGACCCUGAAUGCAGCCUAUCUCGACAUGGACUAUCUCCUGAACGCGGACCUCACCCUCCUUGCAAACUUCACGAACCCUAACAGAAAGGUCCGCGUGGACUUCAGUUACGUGAUCCUCGACCUCUACUACAGGAGCAUACCCAUUGCCACACAGUACAUCGAGCCGUUCUCAACAAUGAGGUCCGAGUCUAAGUUUGCAAAUGUCCACAUGAUCAGCAGUCAAGUCCGUCUCCCACUGAGGGAGAGCCAACUGCUGAGGAAGCAAAUAGAGAGCAACGGGCCAGUCCCACUCGAGGUGAAGGGAUUGUUCCGAGCACGGUCUAAUCUCGGGAGCUUGCUGAGAUACUCGUAUUCGCUCCACAGCCAUUGCUCCAUCGUCCUUACUGGCCCUCCAAGUGGGGUUCUGAGGGCAACCCAUUGCAGAACAAAGCGUUGAGGAAGAACCUUUUAAUCUUCACGUGCAGAACUUUGUACUCUGUUUUCCAGCAGUUAUUUUUGCACAACCA